AUGCCGCUGUAUCAACCUCGCCCGCUGGGUAAGUGUGAUACUAGCCACUCUGGUUUCCAUGCGAGAUCACCNUACCGGACAGUACUGGACCGGGAGAAGUCCAGUGACAGCACAGGCGUGGUUGCGAAAGCUAGUCCUCCGGAGGGGAAUCCGGAGAAAAAGACACCCCUAGAUCGGGAAAAACCCGGUGACAGUAAACGGGUGGCUGCGGAGAUUAGUCCUCCUGAAGGAAAGCCGGAGAAGAAGAAGAGCCGUCUUGAAACAGUGGCUCCAAAACUUAAGGCAGAGGCCAGGAAGCCGGGUGUUAGCUUUGCUAGCGCCACUAAGCGCAUUAGACUGGCAGUUCUGCCGAGGGCUUUCCCUGAGAGUACACUCACUCGUGAGGAUCAGGGAAAGAUGGAGGACGCCAUUGUGGAGGAGAUGGGUAAGGGUUGGAGGUCAAUACUCCAAUUCGACGGCAUCCACUUUCGGCCAGGCCUUAUACUAGUCGACUGUUUGGGUGCAGAAUCAGCCGAAUGGUUGCGCGAAAUUGUCCCAAAACUGCCUGACUGGGAUGGUGCGGAACUGACUACGUGCGAUGGGGACAACAUACCCAGGGUGCACGUAAUCACUACGUACCUACCAAAAGCUGCAGGAGUGGACACGCAGAAACUACUAAACCUCAUUAUAGCACAAAAUGAGGGAAUGCAUACCGACCUAUGGAAGGUUUAUAGGAGCAAUGAUGCUAACGAUCGGGAUUGA